AUGUUGGCCUUCUCUACAGAAUACCUGCAUGUACCUACUACUAAGUAUCCUCUGGGUAAACGACAUGAUAACGCGUGUGAGAAGCUUGGAGAAUCUCUUCCAGCCGCACACCUGGUUCCUUCGGGACCGGUUACACACAGCAUUCGCUUGUUUUACGAAGUAAAAGGACGUGUCUACCCCCGAACGUCGCAAAUCACAGUCACCGAACGACUGAUGGGUUUCAUCUUCAUUUCGACAAGCAACUGGCUUUUUUGGCGAGACGGGUUUGUAUUUUCCGGGUCACGGGAGCAGUUGACCAGGUCCAAGUGGUUUGUCCUGUGUUAUUGUAGAUCAAACCCCCACCUCCAGGUUGUGAUAAAGCAGGCAACUAACUAUUAA